AUGCUCGACGGCCUCCAAACCAUGCUCACAACCUUGCUGGAGCGCUGUGGGUCAGAUGCUAAUGCCUGUCCGGUCAUCCAAGAGCUGGACGUCUCACAAAACAGGCUGACACUUGAGCAAUUCGAGACCCUCUUCGUUUCUAUGGGUGUCGCUGGCGCGAAGGUGAUCCGAUACCGAAUGUUCGGAUGUCCGACGCUGGAUGACCAGGUACUGCAGUCGCUGGCAAACUUUCUCUCUGGGCAAAUGACUGCGGAUACAGCGCCGUGGGAGCUGCACCUGUCAGAUUGCGCCAUCACUACUGACGGUUUUCUGGCGCUGAUGGAUGCCAUCGAGACGAGCGAUCUGUAUCCUCGUCCCAGUCCACAAAAUCCGGCGAAAGGCAUUCCGUUGUAUCUCCGCUUAGAGAACAACUACAUUGCCGAGGAUGCAAUUCAGCAAAAGGUGGAUGCAGGGCUCAUCCAGACCUUCACAAAGCAGAUGGGUCCGCAGAUGUCUUUUGCAGGGGGUCCCAAAGUGAACCUUCUUGCCCGUGGCGAUGGGAAGUGCCAGCAACUCGUGAAAAGCGCCUUGACAGAAAAGACGCAGACCCAGGUGCCGGCCCGGCCGGCUCCAGCCGCCUCGCCCGUCAAGCAGGUGCCACCUCGAAAUGCCACCACCGCGCCUCUCAAGCAGGUGGUUUCCGUGCCUGCCAGGGAAUUCGUGCAGUUUGGCCGGGCCGUGGCAGCGGCGCAGCGAGCACCGAGUGGAACUCCUGCACCAGCUCUCGGUGUGACGAGGACGCUGGCGCAGCCUGGGCUGAGGGCAGUGGCUCCAAAGGCUCCGGGGGCCCACGCGGAACUUCCGCGGAGUGGUGGCACUCUGCAGACGGUGGCACCGUCGAACGGGCCACGGCCAAGCGUGGCCAAAGCACGGCCGAAGCCCCAACUGGCGCAAAAAAGCGUCUCUGUGCCGACGGCCGGAUCCAAGGGAGCUGCAACAGUGAGGCUCGACCGCUGUGUGGUUGCAGUGCUGUAG